AUGUCGCAGGAGGCAGUGAUGAUUGCUGUGGAUAAUAGCGAUUUCAUGCGCAACGGGGACUUUGCUCCAUCACGCUUGCAGGCCCAAAACGAUGCUGUUAAUCUCUUAUGUCAAGUGAAGCGGCAAGCGAAUCCGGAAAAUACAGUCGGGUUAAUAUCUCUAGCCAAUACCGAGGUUUUAUGUACUCUCACUAGUGAUAUGAGCAAAAUAUACAACAGGCUUCAUUUAAUUCAGCCUAAAGGAGGUAUUAGCUUUUGCACAUCUAUGCGAAUCGCCCACUUGGCUCUCCGCCAUCGACAGCUUCGUCACCAAAAAAUGCGUAUAGUCUGUUUCAUAGGUAGUCCCAUAAAAGAUGAUGAAGCUGAGAUGGUAAAACUGGCUAAGCGUUUAAAGAAAGAAAAGGUAAAUGUCGACAUUGUGAACUUUGGUGAAGAUGAAGUGAAUCAGAAAAAACUCCUCGAGUUUGUCGAAACAAUAAACGGGAAAGACGGCACCGGGUCCCACUUGGUUACGGUCCCGCCUGGAACUGUUUUACACGAAUCUCUCGCCUCAAGUCCUAUCAUCGCUGGGGAAGAUGGUUCUGGGGCUCUGCCUGGCUCCGGCAUUGGUCUGGAGUUUGGUUUGGAUGCUGUGGACGACCCGGAUCUUAUCUACGCUCUCCGGGUUUCCAUGGAGGAUCAGCGCAUGAGACAGGAGCAGGAGGCAAGCGCAAAUUCUGGUGGUCAAGCUACGGCUGUUUUGCCGGGAGCUGCCGGCACAUCAGAGGAGGAGUUGCUUCGACAAGCUCUGGCAAUGUCAAUGCAGGUUGGGCCUGCUAGCUCUAGUGGUGCUUCAGGGCCGGUGGAUCUGGCCAAUAUGACAGAAGAGGAACAAAUCGCUUAUGCCAUCCAGAUGUCAAUGCAAACACAAGAACAGGAGAGAGCCUUGGAGGAUAAGAAAUCCGAUUCUAAUAAAAAUGACGACAACGGUAACAACAAUGCAAAAAUGGAUGUAGAUGAGGCGCCUGCAUCCGCGGGUGUCCCAGCUGCAUCUACCUCCGAAGCUGCCUCCCACGGUCACCACCAGUUGUCUGGGGGAGGAGAGAGGGCUAAGGCGAAGGAUGAAGCUGUGAUGGAUUGCGAUCCCGAAUUUCUCCAGUCUGUGCUACAGUAUCUGCCCGGUGUGGACCCUCAAAAUGAGGAGGUGCGCAGGGCUAUUGAGUCCCUUACUACGGGGUUCAAGUCGGAUCAAGGUGCGUCCAAAGAGACCUCGGAGGAGAAGAAAGACGGUGACGAGAGUAGUGACAUUGAUAAAGAUGAAUAA